AUGGACCAUAAACCUCGCGUUGCAAUUAUCGGUGCUGGUCUUACUGGUUUAAUUGCUAUUAAGCAAUGUUUGGUCGCUGACUUGCAACCUGUCUGCUUCGAACAAAGCGAUCAUACUGGCGGAUUAUGGCGAUACACAGAUGUCUCCGAGAAAAAUCAAAACCCGCAUUCUUCUGUAUACCGUAGUACGAUUAUCAAUACUUCCAAAGAACAUAUGCCAUUUUCUGAUUUUCCAAUUCCGGAAGAUUGGCCGACAUAUCUUCCACACUAUAAAGUAUCAGAAUACGGCGACCUAUAUGCGGAUAACUUCAAUCUAUGGCCACAUAUCAGAUUCAAGACGACUGUAUUAAACGCGUCUAUGAUUCCAGAGACAAAGAAAUGGAAAAUUGUAUCAACAAAGAAGGAUGGAGAAGAGGAUGUGGAGGAAUUUGACUAUGUCAUGGUAUGUACUGGACACCAUAGUGUUCCUCGGUUGCCAAAUUAUCAAGGAAUGAAGACAUUCCCUGGUAAGCAGAUGCAUUCUCACUUUUACAGAGAACCAUUUGCUUACACCGGCAAACGCGUCGUGGUUGUUGGAGCCGGCAACAGCGGCAUGGACAUAUCCGUAGAGCUGUCGCACGUUGCAUCGCAAGUCUACAUCGUCUGUCGAAGAGGCACACUUCCCUGGAUCAUGCCCCGCAGGGUACUCUUUGGUCGCCCACUUGAUCACUCAAAUUCGCGCUUCCGGGGCAUGCUACCUCGCUUCAUCACCAACUUUCUUCUACGUGUAACUAUCUCACUUACGAUCGGCCUACCCCCCGAGCACCUCCGCUCGCCAUAUCCAUUGUCUGCUGCUCAUCCAACAGUGAAAUCGGACUUUCUUGAACGACUUUCUACCGGAACCAUUGAAGUUAAACCUGAUAUCUUAUCGCUAACGACCGAUGGAUCCGUGUCAUUUGUUGAUAACACUAUUGUUGAUAAUAUUGAUGCUAUCAUUUAUUGUACUGGGUACAACAAUGAAGUACGCUUUGUGGAUAAGGAAGUUGUCAACGGUGGGGACAUUGUUAGAAAGAACUUUGAUGAAGGAGAAUAUAGGGAAAAUAUUACUUGGCUAUAUAAAUUUAUGUUCCCUCCAAGGUGGAGUAAUAUCGCUUUUUUGGGGUUUGUACAGCCAGUUGGAGCGCUCAUGCCUUUGUGUGAACUUCAAGCCCGCUAUGUAACAGCCUUGAUCAAAGCCGAGAUUCCUCCUCUCCCCUCACCCGAAGAGAUGGACAAACACAUCAUGGACUACCAUGGUCGAAAUCGCAAGCAUUUCUAUGAAGCGGCCAGACAUACCAUGGAGAUUGAAUUGAGGCCGUAUUGCGAUUCAAUUGCAAAGGAGAUUGGUUGUUACCCAUCGUUAACGAAAGUGCUAUGGAAGUUCGGGUUUGAGAUUUGGAAGUUGGUGUUAUUUGGUGUUCCUACACCUAUGCAAUAUCGAUUGUUGGGACCUGAAACGUGGCCCGACGCUGCUAAAUGGAUUCGUAUACAUAACAAAAGCUGA